UGCGUACAACGUGCUGAGAAAGCACACAGUAAGUCAGGACUGGCAGUCCGCCCGUUCUAUUUGUAGCUAUAACUUCAUAUGUGUCCAUCCAGUUCAAAAUUAAUCGAAAAGCAAUAGUUAUACGUGGCUCCAUGCAUUCCGAAAAAACACUUAAAAAGUUUGCACAAGCGCCUGGACCACAUCCCUGGCCAAUAAUUGGGAACUUAGAUAGAAUCGGCCGAAACGUGCAUAAUCCAUUCGAAGGACUAACAGAGUUGGCAGCACAAUACGGUGACAUUUAUUCUCUGACUCUUGGACACACGCGUUGCUUGGUGGUAAGCAGCUUGGACUUGAUACGAGAGGUUCUUAAUCAAAAUGGGAAGUUCUUCGCUGGGCGGCCGGAUUUUUUACGAUAUCACAAGCUUUUUGGAAAUGAUAGAAAUAAUUCUCUUGCCCUGUGUGAUUGGUCGCAAUUACAGCAGAAACGCCGUAAUUUGGCGCGUCGCCACUGUUCUCCCCGGGAAUCUUCUUCAUAUUUUACAAAAAUGUCACAAAUUGGUUGCAAUGAGGUUGACAAAUUUCUAAAUGAGCUGAAUAAAAUUAUUUUGCCUGGACAAUCUUUAAAUAUAAAGCCUCUGAUACUUCAAGCUUGUGCAAAUAUGUUCAGCCAAUACAUGUGUUCUCAACGUUUUCAAUACAAUGAUGUUGAAUUUGGAAAAGUUGUGCGAUAUUUCGAUGAAAUUUUUUGGGAAAUCAACCAGGGAUAUGCACUGGACUUUUUACCUUGGCUGUCACCAUUUUAUAAAAAUCACAUCCAAAAAAUUGUGCACUGGUCUACAACGAUUCGUAAAUUCAUUCUUGAUCGAGUCAUUAAUGAAAGAGAAGUAAAUGUAGAUUUCGAUGAGCCUGACAACGAUUUUACAGAUGCUCUAUUAAAAAGUGGAAUUGAAAACGAGAGCGUGUCGCGCAAUACUAUUAUUUUUAUGUUAGAGGACUUUAUUGGCGGUCACUCAGCAGUUGGAAAUUUGGUUAUGCUCGCACUCGGUUAUAUAGCUAAAGAUCGAUCUAUAGGAGUACAAAUUCAAAAGGAGGCAGACAUUAUUUCAAAUAACGGACAGCGCAGAAUAGAACUAAAUGAUAUGAAAGCAAUGCCAUUUACAAUGGCAACAAUAUUAGAAGUCCUACGAUCGUCUUCUUCUCCCAUUGUUCCACAUGUGGCCACAGAAGAUGCAGUAAUUUCUGGAUUUGGAGUGACGGUGGGAACCAUAGUUUUGAUUAACAACUACGCCCUUAACACGAGUGAACAGUAUUGGGACCUUCCAAAACAAUUUAAUCCCGAAAGAUUUUUGGAAAAAGUACCACAUGCAUCUGGAAAAGGGAUAUCAAAGUGUGAAACGCGAAAGAGGCGAAACUCUGAAGGGUCCGACUCUGGAAUAGAAUUUGAAAAACAGGCUACACAACCAUUUACACAAUCUGAAGGCUUGCUGCCAAGAAAUUAUGAUUUUGACCAAAAUGACUCGGCGAAAAGUCAACCUUACAAAUUCAUCUUAAAAAAAAAUAUUCCUCAUUUCCUACCUUUUAGUAUCGGAAAGAGGACAUGCAUCGGACAGAGUUUGGUUAGAGGCUUUGGAUUUAUACUGCUUGCAAAUAUCAUUCAGCGCUAUAACGUAACCAGUGCAGACGUAAACACCAUUAAAAUAAAUCCGGCAAGCAUUGCUUUACCAGCAAACUCAUAUUCUUUAGUACUCACUUCAAGGAAUUAAAUUUUCUAGCUGUCGCAAUUAGUAAAUAUAACUGUAAAAUAUUUGUAUGGUAAUGAUAAAUCCGAUUUGUAAUAGUAUACUAAUAAUUCCUUUUUGUGU